AUGGCGGAGGGGGAGAGGAAGCCAGAGAUGAAACAGAAAGAGAGAAAGAAAAGAAAACCAAAGGAUUUCUCAGAUGAGGUCUCGAUCCUCCAAGUACUUGUACUCAAAGAUGAAGUUGUCCUUCUUCCUCUGACUCCACUUCUCAUAAUCAAAGUAGAUGCGUUGGAAGAACUCCAUCGAAUCGCAAGCUCCUCCCACCACCUGAUUCAUGCAUGUAAGAACCAUUCCAUGGAAGAAACAACAACUUAUUUGAAAAACCAAGAGCAAGACAACACCUGUGGGUACUGGGGCUGGGGCUGGGGCUGGGGCUGGGGCUGGGGCUGGGGCUGGGGCUGGGGUUGGGGUUGGGGCUGGGGUUGGGGUUGGGGUUGGGGUUGGGGCUCGGGCUGGGGCUGGGGCUGGGAUCCCAGCAGCUCCUUUGCCACUGCCCCUGGACUCCCUGAUAUUGAUAUUCCUCCACCUGUUGUGUCAACAGCAGAAACAAUCUUCCUACUCUCAAACAUGAGCUAUGAACAGGGCGGCGAUGAUGAUGAUGGGAGAGUAAUAGGAUUGAAGGAGGAAAGUGAGACAGGAGAUGAGCUUGAAGCUGAGACAACAGCAGGCUUCGGCAUCGACAGCUUCCAACCUUACCGUAGCCAUGGCGUCAAUGGUGCAACACCAGAGGCGAAUCUGUGGUUGUCAAUAAGUUGCAGGGAACAUGAGUACCAUCUAGCAGGGACUCUUGGUACUGGAUCUGAUCCCGCCAUCUACUGCAUAUUCCACUUGCCGCCACGUUUCCACCUCCUCCAGGAUGGCGCCUGGACCGCCUAUGGCCAACUGUCUCUGUGCCUGGGGUACCUCUCUCAAGCGAACGCAGUCUCAAUAUCCAACGGCAUUGGAUCCAACGAGCGACACCAUAAAGUUCAGUUUUUGGAGCUAAAACUUGACGAACUCCUUUUGGCCCAAAGCGGUCUCUGGGUUCGUCUCGGGUCGGGCCAAUCUGACGAUUCCACACUUGCAACUGUACUUCUCAGCCAAGGAAGGAUGACACAAAGACAUCACAUCAUAGACUUGUUGGAUUUGAUUCCUCAACUGAUCUCAGAAACUUGCUCAGUCUCCUUCACUCAAGAUUCAGCAAACUCAAUGACUCUCCUGGAUGGAAACAAUCUUCUCUGGGAUGAAACAGGAAUUCCCUGGCUGGGUGAUGACCUGCUCCAUGUUGUGAUCCACGCUCAUCUUGUAUGCCCAAAACAUGAACUUAUCCCAAGUCAACAACAUACUUUACGCAUCUUCUUCCAGCAGUCGUCUAACUUAGGAGUAAAGAGAGCUCGACGUGCAGCAUCUCCUCAGAAACUGGAUUUCCCAGUCCCAAUGUAUGUAGUAGACAUUCCAGAGGAGAGAGAUUCAGGCUAUCCUGUUACAACAGUGUCUGUUAAUGCUCCCAACAGUGCCACAAUGAGAUACUCCAUGGUUGCCCUUCUUGAUGCUCGUUCCCAAUCAAUGUUUACCAUCGACUCUCAGUCUGGGACCAUUACAACUAGUGCAAAACUUGAUAGGGAACUUAUCCCAGUGCAUUUUCUUCGUGUGACUGCCUACGAUAAGAAUAUGCCAAAGACCAGUGCAACAAGUACUGUUAGAGUGGAUGUGCAAGAUGAGAAUGAUCAUGAGCCACAAUUUGAACAGUCUGUCUACAAGGCAAGUGUAAGUGAAAAUUUGGAUGUGGGUGCCACUGUCCUUCGGGUCAGGGCUAUUGACAAUGAUGUGGGGCCAAAUUCCCAGAUUAUAUACUCUUUCCUCCAUGCCAACACAUACUUCCAAGUUGAUCCAUCAAGUGGAACUGUGACAACCCGUUUACCAUUGGACCGAGAAUUGGUAGAAUCUUAUGAACUGACAAUUGUUGCUACAGACCAGGGACCUCCUGCAGAUCGGAAGUCUUCUACUACUCAACUACGCAUAACAGUAUUGGAUGAGAAUGAUAAUUAUCCAGAAUUUUUAACUGUACCUGAGUCCAUCACCAUUCUAGAAAAUACUUCAUGGAUUGAAAAGCCCAUUGUUGCAACCAUCAGAGCAAAAGAUAAGGAUGAUGGGAAGAAUGGGGACCUGAGGUAUUAUCUGAUUGGAGGAAAUGUUGGACAGACCUUUUCCAUGGACUCUGAAUCAGGUGAGAUCAGACUUGUUGGGCCAUUGGAUUAUGAAACCACGAAGAAACACAGGCUUGUUGUAAGAGCCCAAGAUGGGGGAAGUCCAAGCAAGGCAAACACAACUGGUGUCUUGAUUGAUGUUGAAGAUGUCAAUGAUCAUUCACCAAGAUUUUAUGCCAAUACCUUUCAAGAGUCUCUUCGUGAGAAUGUACCUGUUGGUUAUAGUAUUGUACAAGUGCAAGCAUUUGAUGAAGACUCUGGUGUGAAUGCUGCCCUUUCUUACUAUCUGGAGAAUUUGCCAUCAAAUGCCCCCUUCACUAUAGACAGGAAAAGUGGAUGGAUUACAACAGUAAGGAGUGUUGACAGGGAGGAGAAACACUUGUAUCAGUUCCUGGUGAUUGCAGAAGAUGGUGGUGAGCCACCAAGGAGAGCAUCAGCACAGGUGACCAUCACCAUUCAAGAUGAAAAUGAUAAUGACCCCAAGUUCUCGUCCAAGAUUUAUGAAGCCCAAAUCACUGAAGAUAGCCCCCCUGGAACCCCCAUCUUGACUGUUUCAGCUACAGACAAUGAUGAAAAUUCUCGAAUUCAUUAUGAUAUCAUUAGUGGGAACAACCGAGGGCGAUUCAGCAUAUCAUCACAUAAUGGAGAAGGAUUGCUGACAAUAGCACAACCUCUGAAUUUCAAGCAGGAGAGGCGUUUCAUUUUGACCAUCACAGCAACUGAUUCUGGUGGUCGUAUGGACACUGCCACACUCUAUCUGAAUGUCAGUGAUGCCAACACACAUGCUCCUGUGUUUGAGGGAACACCAUACAUUGUUGAAGUAUUUGAAGACACACCAGUUGGUAGUACAAUCCUCAUGGUGAGUGCAAAUGAUGAAGAUGAUGGCGACAAUGCACGUAUCUCAUACUCUCUUAGUGGGGAUGAUGCAGAAGCUUUUUCUAUUAACCCCAACACGGGAGCAAUCACUACAUCAGUUCCACUGGAUCGGGAACUUCGUGGUGGGUACUUAAUAAGUGUGACUGCUACAGACAAGGGUAUCCCUCCAUUAUCUGAUAUAUCUGACAUUGAAGUCUCAGUGGCAGAUGUGAAUGACAAUGCUCCUCAGUUCUUGCUUGCAUCAUACCAAGCAGAUGUCUCUGAAGCAGCUCCUGUUGGGACCAGUAUACUAAUUGUAGAAGCAAAAGAUGCUGACAUCGGAGAAAAUGGAAAGUUCAAGUAUGAUCUGGAUGGUGAAGGAAAUGAGAAUGGAGUGUUUGGAAUUGAUCCCAUCUCUGGUAUCAUUCGAACAAGGAAGGGACUGGACAGAGAAAGCACUCCUGUGUACAGCUUACUGGCUUAUGCCAUUGACAAUGGAAGGCCUUCAAUGUCCUCAUCUGUGGCAGUAACAAUCAACAUUGAGGAUGUUAAUGAUUCACCUCCCUUGUUUUCUGGUGACAGACUUGAUUUUUAUGUGAAAGAAAACAGUCCUGUUGGGACCCUGGUUGGUAUGAUUGAAGCCAUCGAUCCAGAUGAAGGAGCAAAUGCAAAAGUUGAGUACUCAGUGAUUGGGGGGAAUGAUGCAUCCAGUUUCUCCCUGGUAAGACUCCCUAAUCAACAAGGAGCUGAGCUUCACACACGCAUUGAACUAGAUUAUGAAUCAGGAAGGACAGAAUAUGAGCUCAUGGUCCGUGCAUCAUCUCCACCCCUUCGAACUGAUGUAAAAGUCAUUGUUCACGUGCAGGACACAAAUGACAACCCACCCCUCCUACAGGAUUUCCACAUCAUCUUCAACAACUAUCCAAAUCAGUUUCCCACAGAAGCCAUAGGGAAGGUCCCUGCAAUGGAUGCUGAUGUGUCAGACCAUUUGAUGUAUCAGAUUCUCAGUGGAAACAAGGCAGAUUUGCUUUUCAUCAAUGAGUCAACAGGAGACAUCCGGCUGUCCCCAUCCUUGAACACAGAUGUUCCCAUCCGUGCUAGCAUGCACUUGUCUGUAUCAGAUGGGCUUAAUAUGGUGGAAGCUGACCUGUCAUUGCAAGUGAACAUGGUGACCGAGUCAAUGCUCUUCAACUCUGUCACUGUGAGGUUGAAAGACAUCGAUACAGAGACAUUCCUUGGCCCAUUGUAUCAGCACUUCCUCAAUGGUCUCUCAGCAGUCCUCUCUUCCCCUCGAGAGAACAUUUUUAUCUUCAGCAUCCAGGAUGAUACUGAUGUGCGUGAGCAAGUGCUGAAUGUGAGCUUCUCAGCAUCAGAUCCAAAACGGCCAGAUGUGUACUUGUCUCAGCAACACCUUCGGGAGCAAGUUUAUUUAAAGAGGGACAUCCUAGCUCACAUGACAUCUGCUAAAGUCCUUCCAUUCGAUGAUAACCUCUGUGUGAGGGAACCCUGCCCCAACUUUGAGGAUUGUUUAUCUGUCCUGAAAUUUGGGAAGGCAGGAGAUUUCUUGAGCAGUGCUAUGGUCCUGUUCCGACCCAUCUAUCCAGUCAACACCUUUGCAUGCAGGUGCCCAAUAGGUUUCACAGGUAUGAGAGAUCACUAUGAUUGUGAUGUGGAAGUAAAUCUUUGUUACUCGAAUCCUUGCAAGAACAAUGGAGAAUGUCUUCAGAAGGAAGGAGGAUAUGUUUGCAAGUGUAAAACAGGAUUCAUGGGUUUGUUUCAUCAUCUGAUCUUGGUUGCAUCUAUUUCCUAUUCAUUAUACAAAAUGUCUCCCUUUCAAUUUUUUUUUUUUUUCAUCACUCUUCAUGCAGGCAAAUUCUGUGAGACUCGUGAAGAGACCAGGACAUGCAAAAGUCAUGGUGACUGGUGUAGUGGGGAGAGCACAUGUGCCCCCUCAACUCAUAGUGGAAUUAUGUGCCAGAAUUGUCCUUUGAAUACUCAUUAUAGCGAACGUUGUGAACUGAGGGCACGGACAUUCUCACAGGGAUCCUUUUUAACCUUCCCUGGCCUUCGGAAUCGUUAUCAUCUCGACAUCCAAUUCAGGUUUGCCACACUUGCACCAAAUGGGCUCUUGCUCUACAAUGGCCGCUUCAAUGACCAACAUGACUUUGUGGCAAUUGAGAUUAGAGAAAGGAAAUUGGAGGUGUCCUUUUCCCUUGGUGAUGAUGUGACAUAUGCUUCUGUGGAGAAACCCAUUACAGAUGGGCAGUGGCACAUAGUCAGAGUUCAAUUUCUCAACAAUGUGAGCACUAAUUCAAUUUCUCCCUGCACACUUGAUGAUGACCUUCUUUCAGUUAUCAUUUUUAUUGGUUUUGGAAAAUCUCUCCUCCAGACUGUGAAGGUAACAGCAGAUGACUGUGAUGAGAGGGUAGAACAACAGCUUGGAAGGUCAUAUUGCUCUGCUGUCAUCAAUCACCCUCUUCCUGAAAGGUGUGCAAUCCCAACUGAGACCUGCCACAGAUUCCUGGAUCUCACAGGACCCCUUCAAAUAGGUGGCCUUCCAUCCAUCUCCUCAAACUUUCCUGUUGCUUCCACUGCCUUCACAGGGUGCAUUGCUGACUUACGUCUUGACCAUACCUACAUCAAUCUGGAUGAAUAUGUAGUGAACAAUGGUAGCAAGGCAGGAUGCGAAGCCAAAGCAGAAUACUGCCAUUCCAAUCCAUGCAAGAAUGGAGGACUCUGCCAAGAUGCAUGGAACACAUAUAUUUGCAAGUGCCCUCUUGGUUAUAGUGGCAAGGACUGCGGAAAAGAGGUAAAAGAAGUGAAAGAAUUUGCUGGAGACGGUUAUCUGAUCUACAAACCAAGGCUUCAGCUGUUCCAGUUCCCCUGGACUAUGGUUGUAAGUGCAAGAAUGCGAGUUCCAAAUGGAACACUUGUGACCACAACCAUUGGAAAAGACAUCCCAGUUUCUCUAAGAGUAACAGAGAAAGGCUUACGACUCCUUGUGGGAGGAGAGGAGAUGAACUUUGACUUGGAAGUGAUUGAUGGUGUAUGGCAUCACAUUGAAGUGACCUGGAUGAAGGGAAAUCAUAUUUGGCUCAAUGUGGACUAUGGCCACUAUGAGAAAAAGGCUGACAUCCGAACAUUUCUCCCAGUAUCUGGACUUGUUGUUAAUGAUGUCACUGUUGGAUCCAGUUUUGUUGGAUGCAUCCAGGAAGUAGAGGUAGGAAAAGAUAGGGGAUGGUUGGAACCAGCUGUGACACAUCAUGUGAGAUCUGGCUGCUCUGCUGUUGAUGCAUGCAGCCCCAAUCCAUGCCCUGAACAUAGCACAUGCCAUGAUGAAUGGAAUGCCCAUUCUUGCAUCUGUCAUCCUGGAUAUGUGGGAGAUUCUUGCAUUGAUGUGUGCAGUCUCCAUCCAUGCAUGUAUGGAGGGACUUGCAUUGUUGAUCCUUCAUCAUCUAAAGGAUAUAGAUGCAUCUGCACCUCUCAGCAUCUUGCAGGUGAGUUGGUAUCAUGGAUGGUCUUAGAUAUAGGUCUCUGGAUUUUUGUGACUGAUCACUUGUCUUAUUUUUUUCUCUCCAAUGAAGGAGAAUACUGUGAAGAGAAGUUCAAACAGCCAUGUCCUGCCCAUUGGUGGGGAUCCCCAGUAUGUGGGCCCUGUUCAUGCCCUCUUGAACUUGGCUAUGAUCCCCAGUGUAACAAGACAACUGGUGAAUGCUCCUGCAAGGUACAUCACUAUCAGAAACCAGGGAGUCAAGCAUGCUAUGAUUGUGAUUGCUAUCACCUGGGGUCAUUUGGGAGAUCCUGUGAUGAGAACACAGGUCAGUGUCAGUGCCGGCAAGGAGUGAUUGGGAGAAGAUGUGACUCUUGUUCCAAUACAUUUGCUGAAGUCACCCCUGCUGGAUGCCAAGUGAUAUAUGAUGGCUGCCCAAGGAACUUUGCACAUGGGAUCUGGUGGCGGAGAACACAAUUUGGGGAAAUGGCUGAAGAGGACUGCCCUGAGGAUUCAAUAGGAAAAGCAUUCCGCCUCUGUGAUUCUGAUCGUGGCUGGCUCCAGCCUGACCUCUUUAAUUGCACUUCCCUCCCCUUCACUGACCUGCGCACUAUGUUGGAAAAGAUGGAGGGAUCCCAGCUGCAGUUGAAUACUUGGGUGGCAAUGAAGGCUGCCAAGGAUCUGAGAUCUGCAACCAACAAAACUCAAAUGCUGCAUGGGGCUGAUCUAUGGAUUUCUGCUCAACUCAUUUCAUAUCUCAUUCAGUAUGAGAUGCAGCAGCAUUACAAUCUUACCCACCGACAGGAUCGAUCCUAUAUACGAAAUGUGGUAUGGAGUGUGUCAGAGAUCUUGAAGAUGAAGUACGUGGAACACUGGGUGCAGGUGAGACAACUGACAGGUGCAGGACCUGAGGCUUUGAUGCAGCUUCUCUCCAGCUAUGCUGGCACUCUUGCUUCCUCCCUUACUGAUAUCUACACCAACCCUUUUGAGAUUGCCACUUCCACAAUGGUGUUUGGUGUGGACACAAUAUCAAGAGAGGAAGCUGAGAGACAUGAGACAGAGGGAGUGGUCAUCUUCUCUCUCCCCAAGUACAACAAUUAUUAUCGCAGCUCUUAUACCUGGUAUCAGGAUUCCAACAUCCAUUUAUCCUUGAGGCUCAUCUCCCAUACUAAAGAGGGGGAUACAAAGGGUGAAUUACCAGCUGUGUUCCAUUACAUCAUGUAUCACCCAUCUGUGGGAGACCUCCUCCCCAAGCUCUACAGUGAUACUAUCAAACAGCGUUAUGGUGUGGCUUUAGAAGUAGUGAGCCCUUUGCUGUCGUAUGCCAUUCACAAAGGAUCGGAGUUUGGACAAGUUCCUUCCCGCUCAGAAGUGCGUCUUCAAGUCCCUGCCAUUGAUCGCUAUUCUGCUCCCCAGUGUGUUUACUGGGAGAUGUCCACUUCAGAUUCCAGUCACAGUGGACAUUGGACAAACAAGGGCUGUCAGACUAUUUACUUUGGAUCAUGGGAAUAUCCUGAUGGAAAGUUCUAUGUGGACUGUUCUUGUAGUCAUUCUGGGUUGCAUGGCAUCCUCAUGGACAAGCUCCUGCCACAGCAUGUUCUGGAGAUGGGGACAUGGGAAAAUGUGAGCAGUUCUGUUGGACUUGGUGUUGCCAUAGCACUCCUGGUUAUUACAGUUAUUGGCUUCCUCAUCCUUCGAUCUGGAGCUGAAAAAUUCACCAAUUCCUCUGAAAUUCAUUUGGAUAUUCUUGUUUGCUUUCUCACCAUUCAAAUCCUCUUCCUAGUAACACUCAAGGAACGGGUUUACCUUCUUGAACUGCAGGGUGUGUGCAAGGCAUUGGCAAUUCUCAUUCAUUAUUUCUGGUUGAGCCUGUUCUCAUGGAUUUUGGUGGAUGCUAUUCAUCUGCAUCGCAUGCUGACUGAACUUCGUGAUGUUAACCAUGGUCACAUGCGAUUCUACUAUUCUGUGGGCUUUGGUAUCCCAGCUGUUAUUGUGGCUUUGGCUGUUGGAGUGCGGGCAGAGCAGUUUGGCACUAUUUAUUUCUGCUGGGUGAGCCUGUACGAGAGUGCAAUCUGGAGCCUAGUUGGGCCAAUCUGCUUCAUGGUCCUGGCUGCCCUUCUCUUCUUUGGCUUAGCCAUCAAGGCCUCUCUCACACUCCAGGAUCAUAUAGAGGCAUAUGGGAAUCUGAGGAGACUCCUCUGGCUCAGCCUGGGUCUCCUUCCCCUCAUGUGUUUCACCUGGGGUCUUGGACUCCUCAUCUCAAAUGAACCUCAACCAUUCCCUCAUUAUGCAUUCCCUCCUGCUUGCACCCUCACCUCUCUCUAUCUCUUUCUUGCCUUCCUUCUUCUCAACACCAAAGUGAGAACUGGAGUAUGGCAGACUCUGGUCUCCUCCAAACAUGAUGAGUCUUCUCGUGUCCAAAUUUCACGAGCUUCAGGGACUCGAGCUCGCUCAGCCCUUGCCUACAAUGCUGAUUUCCAACUGGCUCGGGAGGCAUUUGGAUUCUCAACUUCCAGCACAACAUCCAGAUCCUCCUGUCCUAGUGAAUCCAGUUUCCAGAGGUCCAGCUCCUUUUUCUUCUCCUAUGGGUCAGACGAAAUGCUAGCUUCUAGCCACAGCUCUGAUGGAGAGGAUAGAGAAGAGAUGGAAUAUCCUGAGCCUUUGGACAUGAAUGCUGAGAGGGGAGUAAUCUGCUGAAAUUGCUUGGGUAGUGAAUCGUGUCCCAGUGAUGAAUCCAGUAUGAAAGAAAAAUCCUUCUGAAAGAGAGAGAUCUGGAAUAUGUGCAGCUCACUUCAUCAUUAUUAUUAUUUUUUAUUUUAUACCUAAUCUUCAUGGCAUGACAUUCAUGACAAGAUUUUUUUUAUGGGUAUAUUAUACAGUAUGAGUUUCCCUUGAAAUAUGGUGAUGCAGUGCUCAAAGUGUCUGAGGAGCAACAAGCCCCUGCACUGAACUUGAAAUCAUAUCUCAGUAUGUCUCCUUCCAGAAAAAUAAAGUGGAGGAGAAAUAAAAUAACAUUAAAUCAAACUUGAAUAGUGAACAAAAUCAUUGUUCAGGUUAUCAAUGCAUGCAAAUAUAUAUAUAUUUGGGUUAUCUUCUGUCAUAAAGUCAACAACAUUCCAAAAGAAGGAGCAUAGCUUCAGUCACUUAAAGCACUGUAGUGAUGUACAAGUAUGCAACGUCCUGUGAUGGUGAUUUCUUUCUUUUUUGUUCUUUAUUGUUUUCAUUUUUUAAUGCUCUUCAUUUGUUCCUCAGGGCAGCUAACUAUUACUUUUGCCUGACUCAAACAUUCCUAUUGAAUAAAAAAAUUUUCUACACCU